CACGAGCUGGUACAGAGACGCGCACGCUGUUAGGAUGGAGAGGAAGAGGAGGAGCGUGAAGUGACGGAGCGCAGGGUGUUUGUGUUUGUUUACAGAAGAAGAGGAGGAAGAGGUGAAGCUGCUCCUCAGAAGAGUUUUGCUCCUGAAACAGCACGAGGAGAGGAGGAGGAGGAGCAGAAGAGUCCCAAACUUCUGACUCCGUUAACUUCCUGCGCGCUCCACGGUCGGGCCGUGCUACAGCGCAUGCGCCCUGAAGUUUUCACCCCAUCGGAACACAAUGGACCGAUUGUGACGUCACCGGUUGCUUAUCCGGAUCUGAACCAGUGACGGCGGCGGGAGCGCGCCUCGGCUCAGCGCGUGACCUGAGCCUGUGGAGUGUGUGUGUGAGAAUGAGUGGUGGUAAAAAGAGGAGUGGCUUUCAGAUCACCAGCGUGACUUCAGAGGUGAACCAGAGUCCAGCAGACCAAUUGUCUCCUAGCGCUGUCCUGCCCAUCAUCCAAUCAGAGGUCUCUCUGCAGUCCCCCGUUUGCAGCCCUCAGGGAAGCUCCUCCCAGCCAACCACACCCUCUCUGAAGAGGAAGUACAUCUCCCUCGAUGGCGGGCAGGGGGCGGGGUCUUCCUCCAGGUUCAGGGUGGUGAGACUAGUGGGCGGAGCCGGCAGCGGAGGCCGGGGUGAAUCGUAUCGUCGCGGGCGAUGGACGUGCACAGAGUUCACAGAGCGGCAGGAAGGCCCGGGGUUCAGGCGGGUAAUGGACAGCAUGAGACACGCCCACUCCUUGGAGUCCCUGGAGAUGAUUGGCCGGGAAAGCGAGAGGGGUGGAGUCUAUUCUCAGGACAACACCCAUAUGCUGGCUCAGCACGUGCUGCACAGCGGCCCGCCUUCACCCACACACCAGACGCCAACUAAUGUCCGGCUGCUCGACCACAAGGAGUCACGCCUUGUGGUCGAGCAGGGCUUAGGCUCCACCCCUCCACCACCUUCACCCCGCCCACGCUUUGCCCCAACUCCUCUGCGGCUGGAUGUGGACGCCUCAGGACGGUCUGUCCUCAGGCUGUCUCACUCUCAGCCUGGCUCCCCCCCUGCUGGACUGUACCAACCCCCUCUGACCCCUGCUCAGACGCCUUCAGGCUUCAGCCUGGACCGCACCAUGUUCGACCUGCCGGGGGACGCCAGUAGUUCCAGUAACAGUUUGAUCGCCAUCGACAACAAAAUUGAGCAGGCCAUGGACCUGGUGAAGAGUCACCUGAUGCUGGCGGUGAGGGAGGAGGUGGAGCUUCUGAGAGAACAAAUCAGAGAGCUGCAGGAGAGGAACCGGCAACUGGAGAGAGAGAACCACACGCUGAGGGCGCUGACCCACAGCAUGCACACGCACUAACCCACUCACUAACACACACACACACACACACGUGCAGUCAUGUCGGGGUUAACAGGACGGCGUUCCAGCUCCUGCGUUUUCUGAUCAGCUGAUGCUUCAGAGACACUCGCUGUGCCCUCCUGCUCGUCCUCCUUCAUGUACCUGUGGUACUGUUGUACUGCAGUAUUUGUGGUACUGUGCACUGAUGAAAGGUGUGUGUGUGUGUGUGUGUGUCCAAGUACUUACAGUAUCUGACAAAAGUGAGCACACCCUGACAUUUCUGUAAAUAUUGUGUCAGAUCUUUUCAUGUAGAUAUGACACUUUGAUACAGUCAGUGUGCAGCUUGUAUAACAGUGUAAAUUUGCUGUCACCUCAAAAUAAAUCAACUCACAGCCAUUAAUGUCUAAACCACUGGCAACAAAAGAGAGGUGAAAAUGUCCAAACUGUGCCCAAAGGGUCAGUAUUAUGUUUGGCCACCAUUAUUUUCCAACACUGCCUCAACUCUGUUGGUCAUGGAGUUCACUGGAGCUCCACAAAGUGCCACUGAAUCCUCUCCCACUCCUCCACGAUGACAUCAUGGAGCUGGUGGAUGUUAGGCUAUGUUCACACUGCAGGUGAAAGUGCAUCAAAUCCGAUUUUUUUGACCCUAUGCGACCCAUAUCCGAUCUUGGUAUGACAGUGUGAACAGCACAAAUCCGAUAUUACUGAAUCCGAUACAUAUCCGAUGUUUUAGAAAGCGACUGCUGUUUCAACGGUCAUGUCACAUUAAAUCCGUCUUUUACGUCACUGACACGAGACAGACGCCGAUUAUCAGUGCCGGAGAAGACAUCGUGAACGCUUCCUGGCCAUCCUGUGUAGAUGUUAGUGAAACUGUUUGGAAGACAACGUUGGAGAAACGUGAACAUUUUAUUUGUACUGUAUAAUCUGCAGAUUCUGACAGAAAUCUGCAACUAUCCUUUGAAGCACCGCUCCUCUAAAACAGCAAUAAGAAUAAUUAUUAGGUUAUCUACAUUAUUAUGUAAAUAAUAAAAUAACUUAAAGCAAAA